GAUCCUUGGCACCUGCUCCUGCCAGCCCAUCAUGUUGUGCUCCUGGCGUGUCAAGCUGAAGCUGCUGCUCGCUACCAUCACCCUCGCCGUCCUCCUCUCCUGGCUCUACCUCUUUGUGGGCAGCCUUGAAUAUGGCCGCUUUCUCUUGCUGCCGCCAUGCCUGGGUGAGCAGCCGAGUCGGGAUGUGGAGCGGGAGGCACUGGCCUCACAGGUGCGCCGGGUGGAGGAGGAGAACCAGCAGCUCCGCAUGCAGCUCGGCCAGGUGCAGGUGGAGGGCAGCGAUGGCAUCCCACAGUGGGCAGCCUCUGCUGAGGAUGGGUCCCCCCCUGGGGGUGAGAGGAACAACCGCACGGCCUGCCUCAAGCAGCGGAUGGUGCACAAGUGUGAGCUCCUGCACGUUGCAAUUGUGUGUGCUGGACACAACGCCAGCCGGGAUGUGGUCACCCUGGUGAAAUCCAUCCUCUUCCACAGGAAAAACCCCCUUCACUUUCACUUCAUCACGGAUUCGGUGGCCCACCAGAUCCUCCAGACGCUUUUCCAGUCCUGGAUGGUGCCUUCCAUCCACGUCAGUUUCUACAACGCCGAUGACUUGAAGCCAGAGGUGUCGUGGAUCCCCAACAAGCACUACUCUGGCAUCUACGGGCUGAUGAAGCUGACGCUCACCAAGGCACUGCCCUCCAACCUCUCCAAGGUCAUCGUCUUAGACACCGACAUCACCUUCGCCACCGACAUUGCUGAGCUCUGGGCUGUCUUCGGGAAGUUCUCUGAAAAGCAGGUGAUUGGGCUGGUGGAGAACCAAAGUGACUGGUAUUUGGGCAACCUCUGGAAGAACCACAAACCAUGGCCAGCACUGGGACGUGGCUUCAAUACAGGGGUGAUCCUGCUCUUGCUGGACCGCCUGCGUCGCCUGGGCUGGGAGCAGAUGUGGCGGCUGACAGCAGAGCGGGAGCUCAUGAGCAUGCUCUCCACUUCGCUGGCUGAUCAGGACAUCUUUAAUGCAGUGAUCAAGCAGAACCCAGCCCUGGUGUAUCGGCUCCCCUGCUUCUGGAAUGUGCAGCUCUCGGAUCACACCCGCUCAGAGCUGUGCUACACCGAGGUCUCGGAUCUCAAGGUAAUCCACUGGAACUCACCCAAGAAGCUGCGGGUGAAGAACAAGCACGUGGAGUUCUUCCGCAACCUCUACCUGACCUUCCUGGAGUACGAUGGGAACCUGCUGCGCAGGGAGCUCUUUGGCUGUGCCAGUCUCCCCAGCCCACCCAGCGACCAGCUGCAGCAGGCACUCGAGGAGCUGGACGAGGAUGAUCCCUGCUAUGAUUUCCGCCGGCAGCACCUCACGCAGCACCGCGUCCACCUGUUCUUCCUGCAGUAUGAGUUCCUGGCCCUUCCCAACCCCACCGAUGUCACCCUUGUGGCCCAGCUCUCCAUGGACAGGCUGCAGAUGUUGGAGGCCAUCUGCAAACACUGGGCCGGCCCCAUCAGCCUGGCGCUGUACAUGUCAGAUGCGGAGGCCCAGCAGUUCCUGCGCUACGCUCAGGCCUCGGAGGUGCUGAGCGCCCGCCGCAACGUCGCCUACCACAUCGUCUACAAGGAGGGGCAGUUCUACCCCAUCAACCUCCUGCGCAACGUGGCCUUGGCAAACACACAGACCCCAUAUGUCUUUCUGACUGACAUUGACUUCCUGCCAAUGUAUGGCCUCUAUGAUUACCUCAGGAACUCCAUCCAGCAGCUGGAGUUGCCUCACAGGAAGGCAGCUCUCAUUGUGCCGGCGUUUGAGACCCUGCACUACCGCCUGACCUUCCCCAAAUCCAAAGCAGAACUGCUCUCCAUGCUGGACAUGGGCUCCCUAUACACCUUCAGGUACCACGUGUGGCCAAAAGGCCAUGCCCCAACUGACUAUGCCAAGUGGCGAACAGCCACUGUACCGUACCGUGUGGCGUGGCAGCCAGACUUCGAGCCUUACGUUGUAGUGAGGCGGGACUGCCCCAAGUAUGAUCAGCGGUUCGUGGGCUUCGGCUGGAACAAGGUGUCCCACAUCAUGGAGCUGGAUGCGCAGGAGUACGAGCUGCUGGUACUGCCCAAUGCCUUCAUGAUCCACAUGCCCCACGCUCCCAGCUUCGACAUCUCCAAGUUUCGGCUGAGCGCAGGGUACCGGGGCUGCCUGCAAACGCUGCGGGAGGAAUUCCACCAGGACCUGUCGCGGAGAUACGGGGCUGCCGCACUCAAAUACCUCACUGCCGAGAGGAACCUAUGACGCCUGGGGACAGUGGGGGCAUGCUGCUGGUAGCAGGCUGAGAAGGGAGGCUGCAGGGCCUCCUCCUGCCCCAGCUCACCUCGUAGCCUUGCCCAAGGGAUCUGACUUGUGAUGGGAUGUCUGUAGAUAAGAGGGAGGAUGCCAACUGUGAGUUCAGGUGGCGACUGUGGGUUGAGUUGCUGCAAUGUGGCCCAGGGUUUGUCCAGAGCAUUCCUGUGUUACAGGGAAGCUUCCACUGUGCCGGGGGAGUGGUCCUCCUGUCCCUUGUUCUAGCAGAUAUCGAUUCACAGCCUUUGUUAGCUCACCUCAGCCUGGGGCCUGGCCUCAAGAGGCCCUAGAGCUGCAGUUUUCCCCGCUCUGCUCCUCUCUGCAGUUCCAUCUUGCAAUCCUCUGCACAUCCCUGGGGCCUCGGGGAGCUGGAGAUGGCUGUGUGGACCAUCCUCUUGCAUCAUUUGUGGAACAAAGCCUCACAAGAGGCUUUCUGAUGCUCUAGGAGCUGAGGCCAGAGAUCACCGGGAGCUGUGGGGUCCUGGCUUAAGCCUGGACCGAGGCUAGAAGGGUGAGGUUUCCUCCCCAUCCACCUGGAUGUAGAGCCUUCUCUGGGGUGGCCCAGCUGGUGCUUGGUGCAGUCCUUCUGCCAUUGCGGUGGGUGGGACAGAUUCACAGGGGCUCUGUGCUCCUAUGGAAGAAUUGAUGGCAGGGACCCCCAGUGCCUCCUCAGCUCCUGGCGGUGCCGGGGCUGCCACCGACAAUCAGGGAUGGGGCUGACCCCAGGGAGGCUGAAGCUGAGCACAGUGGUCCCUGCAGUGGGUGGAAGCAGCCUGGCUGGCUCUGCUCUGCAGCUGUCACACACUGGAGCACGGAGGAUGCGUUGCUUUCCUCAUGCUAUUUAAAUUAUUUAUACUUUCCUCCUAAGAAUUGGGUGGUUAGGGUGUCAUGGGUGGUUUGGUUUUUGUUUUGUUUUUAAGCCUUCCUUGCACCUGGAUGAUUUUGCUGCUGUCACUGGAGCAGCUCCAGGCCCGGGGCUGCUGCAAACCUCUGCUGUUCUCUUCUUAGCAUUAUUCUGGUCUGCAAGAGCUGUGCAGGUGUGAGGAUUUCCGUCCGUGGUGGGAAGGGCCAGGAGGAGCCGUGCAAAUCGCCUUGUCUGGGAAGGGUACAAGCACCUCUCGCUUCUUCUCUCUUUUUAAUUUAAUUUUUAAAUUAAAGCUUUUUUAUUCUUUUUCAUA